CACGCGGAUCGGUCGCUAUGGAGAGCAGCGAGGCAGUCACAGAGAGCAGGACGAGCAGGAGCGAGGAGGACCGACACAGAGUGCCCGAGUGCACACACACACAUAGGCAUCAUGGAGAAACGAUCCCCGCCAGCUAACGGACUGCGACUUUUAACAACGCUGCUCAUCUUUUACGGACUUACCUAUGCCAGCGGUAACCAGGUGGUUGUUCCUGAGAAAGUGAACGCCGUGCUGGGGAAGAACAUCACUCUGGGCUGUAGAAUAGAGGUGGGCUCAAACCUCACGCAAAGCUCCUGGGAACGCAGUCUCCCUUCAGGCACCAUUACCUUGGCAGUGUUCAACCCCGAGUUUGGAACCUCCAUCUCUCCAGACUACGCCAAGCGCAUCUCAUUUGUUUCCCCCUCCGUGCGAGAUGCUUCCAUCACGAUUGAAGGAGCAGUCUUAGCAGAUGUCGGGACCUACACCUGCAAAGUGGUUACAUUUCCUCUGGGCAACACACAAGCAUCAACCAAAGUAAAUGUUUUAGUGGCGCCAAAGGUCUAUGUGUCUGCGGGCCCAGCAGCUCUGCUGGAUGGUGGCAACGAGUCGCUGGUGGCGACCUGCAUCGCAGAGCGUGGCCGCCCCGCUGCGGAGGUCUUCUGGGAGACGGAGCUGUAUGGACGAAGUGAGAAGGAGAGUCAGGAGGAGCCCAACGGCACCUCCACCGUACGUGUGGGCUACAUAUGGAACCCACAGAGCUACGCCCAGGGGAAGCUGCUCACCUGCGUGGUGCGCCACCCGGCCCUGCAGACAGAGUUCCGCAUACCCUACAUACUGAAUGUGCAGUUCUCACCAGUGGUGUCGAUAACAGGAAUUGACGAAAAUUGGUAUGUGGGACAAGAGAAUGUGAAGUUCACCUGUGGAGCCAAGGCCAACCCACCUGCCCGUCUCUUCACAUGGACCAGGUUGGAUGGAGUGAUACCAGAGGGUGUUGAGAUAUCAAACAAUAGCUUUUCUAUCACUCGCCCUUUGGAGCACAAUGACUCUGGAGUGUACCGCUGUGAAGUGAUCAACGACAUCGGCCUCGGCAGUCAAGAUGUACCCCUCUGGGUACAAGAACCCCCCCCUACCACGGCGGCCCCCAGCACCACUGCACCCCCCCGCAGCGAGACCUCGGGACCUGGCACCGUGGCAGACCAGCACAGAGCCCUGUUCACCUCCCCCACCCUGGCCUCCUUACCUGAUAGCAGCCUGGGUACCAUCGUGGGCGGGGUUGUGGGCGGAGUCUUGUUCCUGAUCCUCUUGCUGAUUCUGGGCGGGGCCUGCUUCAUGCGGUCGCGCCGGACCUUCAGAGGAGACUACUACACCAAACAGUACCUGGGACCCUCCGACAUGCAGAAGGAGGCCCAGCUGGACGUGCUGCAGCCCCACGAACUGCAGGAGGUCUACGGGGAUAAGACCAGCAAAGGCAGCCAAGAUCUGAAACCCAAACUGGGCGGGGACAUAAUUUACCCCGACUACACCCCUGACCAUAAGGAUAGGGACGACUGGGCCGAUAGAGGGGACGCCAACAGAGGCCUCAAGGAGGGAAACUACUACCCAGAUCUCUACAACCCCCAAAACAUGCACCCCUGCGGGCCCCCUGUGCACAGCCCCACAGUGAACAACGGCUCCCCCUACGUCCCGGAGGACUGCUACGACAACGGGACAGACAGCGACUAUGUGUCCCACAUGGAUGGAUCUGUGAUCUCACGCAGGGAGUGGUAUGUUUGAGGAAAGGAAGAAAGAAAAAAAGACAAAUCAAACGACUGACUGAGAAAGAUUCGCAAGAGACAGAUUAUCAUUAUUUCAGUUAAAGGAUGAAAACUAUUUCUCAGUGCGGUUUCACAACGAGCUCUUUGAACAUUACUGCUCUGCCUUGAUUGUAACCACUUAACCUUAAGGACGCCUAUUUGGAUUGUAUUACACUUUUGGAGAUUUUCAAGGAGCUGCAAAUAAGCUGAAACGCCUCUGUGAAAUUAUCCGUGCAGGCUUAAGAGGCUUUGGCAUACCGUGUUGUUUCAACUGAUGUGAAUGGGGUUUUGUAUUCUGCUUGUUUGUGUUUGCACCUGUCUUUAACACAGGUCAGGUGUUCAGACCCUUGUUAGUGAAGUAUUUAUAUCCCUGACUGACCGAGCUCUGCUCCCAUAAAACCUCACAUCUUCUGUGGCAUUUUCCAAACGGUCUCUUGAUAACUCACGGCGUUUUCAUACUGUUGAAAUGUUGAUCAUGGCUGCAAGCGGUAUUUAAAGCAGAUUAUAUUGCAUGAGUUUUUACAAAAAGCUAAAAGUAUAAUUGAGUUAAAGGGAAAGUUUGUCACUCACAUGAAGGUGUUGUUCUGAGAGACUGAUGAGAGUUCAUUACAAAGAAAACCCUUGCAAACCUGUGGUUAUGUUAUUUAGUGGCUUUUUCAAACUCAAAGUGUCUUCAGUAAAUUAUUGUUGAAAAGGUGAGCGGUCACCUGACAGAGAGAAAGGAUAUUCCCAGUGGAAGGACUUUAACUUCCAGCUUCAGUUCAGCGUACUACAGAUGUUCUUAAAGUUGUACGAUUUCAGUCCUGGUUCCCGUAGUAACAGCAAACACUCCCUGAGCAGCUACUUUACAAGGACAGGGGACAACUUGUGUAAUUAAAAAUGGUCUUCUGACAAAGAAAAAGAGCAGAAAAUUACAGUUAUCUUGUUUUGUAGGCGCCUUUUUGAUAACCAAAAUUGCUGAGUAUUAACCUCAGUGACAACAUCUUUCCGUUUCCUGCGGGUGCUUCACAAUAAAAGCUGGAUUACAUGCAAGCAUCCUCUCCUCUGAAUCUCUCUUGUUUAGGAAGCCAAUCCAGUUUAGUAAUGGUGGACUCUGCCACUACCAAUAAAAGCUAUUGAGAGGUAAUUACUGCAUGAAAAAUGCCAGCCAUGCUAAGGGUAGAUCUCAUGAAAAUCUUAAGGAUUACCAUCUUUAACCAAAACACUAUUAUCACUUUUGAAAUGUGUUAAUCCAGUCACUUUCCUGAAGUCAAAAAGCACAACUUGGUUAUUACAGUUGUCAGUAAACAUCAAAGGAGACCCAGCAGGCUUUGGCCCUCUCUCCACUUAGCCAUGAUAACAGGCUGCAUCGCUGUGUUUCCUAUUUCCCCUCCUCUGUAUCCUCUGAUUUCUGUCUGCACACAAACACCAAUUGGUCAUUAUAGAUUUUAUUUUAAACGUGGGAUCAAAGCGAUGAGUUAUAAAUACCACAUGUGACUUUAACAGCUGUCAUCAUCUGACGCUAUGUGGCUCCAUAAACCACCAACAGUUUCACUGCUGACGCUCGACACCCAGCGGUGAGGAUUCAUGACGCUAAAUAAACAAACUACUUGUUGAAGAAAAUGGGCAGAGAGAGGAGCACUAAUAAACGGAUCCUGAAAGCUUUAGUUUAUAUAUGUUUGAAGUCUGAUUGUGGAAAUACCUCCCAGGACAGUUGGAAACACUGAGCGGCUGACAUCACUACUGAUCACAGAACAGCCUAUGAUGUUGGGGUUUGGCUCCUCUGAGGAUAUACAGCCUUCAUGGAAACUAGAAAUGUAAUCCACCAGUGAAAAAAAUCAGUGUAGGAACCAUGUAGGUUAGAGCUGUCUGCGUUAUAGCUCCCAUAGGGAUUUUACAGUUUUUUCCCCUCAAACAACAAACCCAGUGUCGUUCUGUUAAAACAAAAGAGUUGACAUCAUAAAUGAUCUCAUCUCUCACUGCUUGAUUUGACCUUUCUCCACUUAGUGCUGUUUCCUCAGGAGUAACACAUGGAUCAAAGUGGCCUCAAAUGAAAGGGAAAACACAACCUUUUUUGGAGAGAUCCCAGUGUAGUCAAUCAGCGUUUGUUGCAGGAAGAAGGAACCAUAUAUGUGUGAUACAGUCCGGUCAGGACAGGGGGGGGUAUAUUUUUAGGUUGUUUCUUAUUGGGGUUUUAUAGAUUGAUGGUGCACAUUUUCCUAUUUUUUUUUCUUUAUCCCUUCUCCACCCAUGUGUUCCCAUGCCAGGGCUUUGGUGGAAGGUUUAGAUGUCUGAGAAUACACUUCUUUAAUCUCGCUCUUACUUUCAUCGCCGCACACACACACACACACACCCCUCUGCCACACAUCUGCCACUGCAGCCCGCAAUCCAGGAUCAGACCUCGCCUCAAACCUUCAGCUUUUUAAUUAACUUUUUUCUGCUCAUCGCAACUUGGCAACCCACGUACCCAGAGUCGAUGACAUAUAGCUCAUCCGUGUCUGCCAUUUUUCAUUCAUAGCUUUAAAGUUAUUUGGUAAACCUGUUCCAUGCAAACUGCUGUCUCUGCUUUCAAAAUACUAUCUUUCUAUGUUUCAUCUCUAAAGACUGUUUGACAAAAGCAAAAAGAGCUGAAGUGAUCAAUGUUAUUGUGCAGGAUCACUCUCCAACUGGUUUGCAUGUAAAUUAAGUUAUUCGAUACCUACCACGUUUAUUAUUUGUCAUCACCCAUGUACAUAAUGCUAAUAGGUUAGCGUAGGAUUAGCUGUUUGAUUUGUAUGCUCAUGUACAGUUGUGUUCUGGUCUCCCCUACUGAAUAGUUGGUGCCUUAGAUGGGUUGCACAAUGCACAGAAACUUUGGAAAAUGACAAGCAUUAAUAUAAAGGAUAUAAAUAUCAUUGAAGUGGAGGACUGACUGGUUCUUUAAUAUGUCUUCCAUGGUUAUAUUUGAGAUUUGCUGAUAUUAAAACAUCAGAGCAGACAAAAGGUUGAUUGUUAUGCCUUACACUUUGAGGACACAUGUAACAAGUUAGUUACUGAGACAAUUGUAAUAAGAAAACCUUCACUGGGAAUUAAGGCAAGCCAGAUUCAUAGAAAAUAUUAUUGUCCUGUAAAUAUGCUGGCUGUUUUUUUUUUUAUUAUUGAAAAAUCUUAUUUUUUGUAUGAGGUCUGUACUUUUCACAGAGUAUUCGUUAAUCUUACGUGCGUUCGAGGAGCUCAUGAUUAGGGCGAGCCUGUUUUCACCGCAUUUUAUAUUUGUUUCUGAACCAAAUAUGUUCUAUGUUGUUGUUUGAAUGAUUGGAUCAGAGGUUAAAGUGCGGCUGAUUGUAUUUUGUUCCUUUGUUUGCAAUAAAAAAUACAUCAUCAUUAUUGCACUCAAA